AUGAACGUUGCCAUCUGGACUUUUGUGUCGGCUUGUCCGGGACCAUCACCGAAACCGGACAUCCAUACCGGCGAAGUCCAGCUGGACCAUCAGACAAAGACCUUGAAAGUAAGCCUCGUCGAAGCUGAAGCUGGAAUAGGCCUCGACCAGGUGAUACCAAGCACUCUCGGACAGGAGCUGCUUGGUCUCACGAUCAACCGAAGGUACAAGAUCUUUCAUGAUCCGGAAGCUCAAAGCGAGCAUCGGAUAGAGCACGAUGUCAGGAGGGCGCUCGCUACUGGCCCAAGGUUGUAG